AGAACAGCUGUACAAGUUUUGAGCAUAAUUUGUACAAUGACCAAGUUUAUCAUAAUCGACAAGAAGAUAUGAAUCAGACGGCACAUGUAGAGUCUAAAAGGCAAGCAGCAGAAAUAGAGGAGGAGAAAAAGACUGAAAAUUUGAUUAACCAUCAUCUUGGGGACAAAGAAAAUGAGGCAAAUAAAAAGAAAUUAGAUGAAUGCCCUCCAAGUUUUAAAAGAGCCAAAACUCAUGGCUUUGCAAAUAAAGUGAAGCAACCUGAUUUUAUAGAGAAAAAUAAAGAUCUAAUGGAGGACACUCCUGAUUUAUGUGAAUGUUGAGAUCGACCUACUAAACAAGGCGUCAAAGACUUAUCCAUUUGAAUGGAUACAAGAGAGCUAGAUUUUCUUGGAAGUGGGUUCCCUCUAUAUUACCACUUCAAGAAGUUCACCUUCAUAAUUUAUCUGUUAAUGGCUCUUUGAGUUGGGAUUCCUUGUCUGAUCAUUAAUCUGAACCAAGAUGGCAAGAAACAAUGGGACCCUAACUCUUCAUAUAUUGUUUCAACAACUAUAGGAAACAAUGGGAAUGAGCCUGACAACUACAUUGAAUGGAGAGUGCAAGUGCAGGCUAUCUUAAAUUUUUUGUUCAUUUUUGUGAUUGGUAUUGCAAGCAUUUUCUUAAGAAAAAGUCAGAAUACUAUUAUUAGAGAAGUUGAUGAGCAAAACAUCACUCCUUCAGAUUUUGGCAUUAUGAUUAGUAACAUUCCGAAAGACAAGAGACCUGAUGAACUAAGAAAAUGGCUUGAAGCUAAAGUCCCAGGCAUUGAAAUUGUGUACGUCAACUAUUGCUAUGACAUUACUGAAUUGGUUGAAGUCACCAGAAAGCACACUUCAAUGGUGCAAAUCAAGGCCUACCUUGAAGCCUAUAAGAAAAGGAGACUUGAGGAAGAAGGGAACAUUAACGAAGAAGAAGCUAUAAAAAAAGGUGUUCAGCUGAGUCCGCCUGCUUCAAAGUUUUGCAUAUGAAUCAACAAGUCAUAUCCAAGUAUUAAUGAGCUAAACAUCAAGAUCAAAAAUACAGAAAAGAAGCAAGAGAGAAUCAUGGCUUCAAUGGAAAGAAUUUGUCAUUCUCAUGAGUUCUGAGGAACUGCAUUUGUUGUAGUCAACAAACAAAGUCAUGCUGAAAGAAUUGUUAAAUACUUUGAUAGCACUCUAUUGAUGAGAGGACUUACAUGGAUUAUUUACAAUGUGCUUAGAUUGAAAAACUCAAACAUUCACAAUAGAUACUGGGAUGGAAAUCUUAUCUAUGCUGAAAGAGCAGUCGAGCCAGGAGAUAUUUACUGGGAAAACCUUAGCGUUUCUUCUAGAACCAGAUUCAAAUAAAAUUCUAUGGACAUCAUUUAUUGCUUUAGUUUGUUUAGGAGUUGCCUUUGGAGUCAAUCUUGGUAUUAGAGGUAUCAAGAAAUCCAUCGACGGAAGUCACAAAGAGAGUUUGGCAGAAGAAUACUUUAUUAGAGGCCUUUCCAUCACUGUUUCAUUCUUGAUUGCUGCAAUCAACAUAUUUCUAGGAAGAGUUAUUAGAAUGCUCACGUCUUAUGAGCACCAUGAAACUUACACAAAGUACCAUCUCUCUGUGGCUUUUAAGCUUACAAUUGCAAUGUUCAUUAAUACAGGUGUCAUUCCAUUGUUUGUCAAUUUUGGAAGAGCAAACUGGUUCGAUUCAGGAGGCCUUAUGGUAGAUGUGUUCUACAUUGUAAUUACUAUCUCGCUGAUCAGUCCGUUCUCCUACUUGUUUGACCCUGCUUAUUUGAUAAGGCUGUGUAAAAGAUGGAAUGAAGAAAGAAAGGGAGAAAAGUCUAAACUCACUCAAAGACAAGCAAAUGAACUUUUUGAAGGGUCUCCACUUGAUAUGGCUCAAAGAUACUCAAAUACAAUGCUUUUAUUCUGUAUGGCAGUCUUUUAUGUAUUUCCAAUGCCUAUAAUUUCGGUUAUUUCUCUUCUUGGAGCUCUAUUCCAAUACUGGCUUGAUAAAUAUUUAUUACUUAGAAGACAUAAAGUGCCUGAACCAUUCGGAGAAACAAUGGCUCAAAUUUUCAGCAACAUGAUUCCUUUCUUCUGUUUAUUAUACGGGACUUCUCUUUACAUAUUCAGCACAGUGCUCUCUGAGGGGAAAGGAUGGAUUGGACUUGCUGCUUUUGUGCUGACUUCGUUAUACAUGAUUAUUCCUUUCAGACAGAUUCUAAAUUGCCUUAAAAAAGAUAUCCACAGGAAUGAUGAGUACGAGUACAAAGAAGAAAGAAUUGAUUUCCCAACUGAUUAUGGCCGCUCAAAUCCUAUAACUAGUAAAGCUGCAAACAUUUAUCACCAAAGACUAUGUGAUGCAAUGUCCACCAAAGUUAAUAAUAAGUCUAAAGUUGAUGAAGAUGAAGAUAGUUUAGAAGGAGUCUUGAACUAUGGAAGACAAGCAACAAGUUUGGAAGGAAAAGUUUUCAAUAAAUUUCAGCAUUUUGAAAUGCUGGUUGGUCCUUUGAGCAAAGAUUACUUAUUGCAAAGAAAAAGGACUCAACAUUAUAGAGAUUUUGAGAAAGACCCUAACAAUGAGAAUUCAAAUAAUAGUAACAGGAAAAACCAGAUAAUAAAUAAACCUUUACAUAAAUGCCAUACUACCCUUCACCCAACCCACCUAAAUUUCAUGACUCAUAAAGAAACCACCAACAAUCAAAAUAAACCAGAAAGUCAUAAUUCCAUUCAAAAUGAAGAAGACCCCUAA